ACAUAUAUAUAAAUUCCAUCCUCCAAUUCUCUUUCGUUCACAUUGACUCUUACCAACUCUUUUCCUUUGCUUUUCAACCAAGCUUUCUAUCAAAACUUAUGAAAAACCCCAUCACCACCGCCGCCGCCGCCACCACCGCCACCACCGUCGCCGCCGCCGACGACGAUUUCUCCUUCUAUUACUCUUACUUUCAGGACGCUAUUGCCUCUUUCCCUGCUUCUCCCCCUUCCGACAUGCCCAAGAAGAAGCUUGACUCUGCUAAUCCUUCCAAGAAGCGUUCCAUCGCUAACAUCCUCACUUCUCUUGCCGCUCUUGAUGAUCAGGAUGCUUCUGAGCGUCGCCAUGCUGAUGAUGCUUCUCUUCAUGAUCUCUCGCUUCUCCAGGCUAAUCAUCAGUCUCGUCUCAACGCUACUCUUGAUUAUUUUGACCGUGUUGAGGAGCAUUUUGAUGAGGCCGAGCAAUCGGACACUCUUCGUAGUAAGCGCGCUCGUCUUGCUGCUUCUGCUGCUGCUGCCACGGUUGCUGAUGGCGCUGCCUCUGGUGCUCAGCCGCAGCACCAUCAGCGAAGGCUUUGGGUCAAGGACCGGUCGACGGCGUGGUGGGAUCGCUGUAAUCACCCUGAUUUCCCCGAGGCUGAGUUCCGUCGUGCGUUUCGGAUGUCUAGGGCUACGUUUGAUAUGAUCUGUGAUGAGCUUGGGUCUGCCGUUGCCAAAGAGGAUACCAUGCUUCGUGCUGCGAUUCCUGUUCGUCAGCGCGUCGCUGUGUGCAUCUGGCGGCUUGCUACCGGUGAGCCUCUCCGUCUCGUUUCCAAGAGGUUCGGGCUUGGGAUAUCCACUUGCCAUAAGCUUGUUCUUGAGGUUUGCUUAGCUAUCAAGACCGUUCUCAUGCCUAAAUUCCUCCAAUGGCCUGAUGAGCAGAGCUGCUCCUCCAUCAAAUCGAGAUUUGAGAACAUCUCUAGGAUCCCCAAUGUCGUGGGAUCCAUGUACACGACCCACAUCCCCAUCAUCGCUCCAAAGGUCAGCGUCGCCGCCUAUUUCAACCGUCGUCACACCGAACGCAACCAGAAGACCUCGUAUUCGAUCACUGUCCAGGGAGUCGUUGAUCCUGAUGGGGUGUUCACCGACGUGUGCAUUGGGUGGCCUGGCUCGAUGCCCGACGACAAGGUGCUCGAGAAAUCGGCGUUGUUCCAGCGUGCCGAGUCCGGGAUGCUGAAGAACGUCUGGGUCGUCGGCAGCUCUGGUUACCCACUGAUGGACUGGGUGCUCGUCCCAUACACACACCAGAACCUAACUUGGACGCAACACACAUUCAAUCAGAAGAUCGGGGAGGUGCAGAGGGUGGGAAAGGAGGCCUUUGCGAGGCUGAAAGGCAGGUGGACGUGCUUGCAAAAGAGGACAGAAGUCAAGCUACAAGAUUUACCUGUGGUGCUCGGAGCUUGCUGCGUCCUUCACAACAUUUGCGAGAUUCGGAAGGAGGAGAUGGAGCCUGAACUCAAGUUUGAGCUGGUGGAUGAUGAGAUGGUGCCUGAGAACAGUCUCCGAUCGGUGAGUUCAAUGCGAGCAAGAGAUAACAUUGCACAUAAUUUGUUGCAUCGUGACUUUGCGGGAACUAAUUUCCUUUGAAUUAGAGUUAUCUGAAUGUUGGGGAUGGGGUGAUUCUUUUGUUUAUUGCAAACAGGUGGGAAUAAGUGAUACAUGGAUUGUUUUUGCUGGAUUGGGGGGGGCUUCUCUGUUUAGGAUAAUCACUUGCCUUUCUGAUGGCUUAUAGGCGUUUGAAAUUCGGUUAGGAAUGGGAGAAUGAUUGAUCCAUAGAGUUUAGUUUGUGGGGUUGGAGUCCUCUGUUGUUGUUGUUGUUGUUGUUGUUGUUUUAGUUUGCCCAUAGAUGUAUAAGUUAAUAUAAUUUCGAGCUUAUUUGCAUUUUUUCACCAA